AUGGACGUAGACAAAAAGCGAUACGGUAGACCUAUGUCUACCAUCUUUGGCUCCACUGGAAAGAGCUACGGAGUGGAUGAUGAUUACGACCCAAUAAUCACCGAAUUACGUAUGCUCAACUAUCGUUACGUUCGCCUGUACUUCAACCAGCAAAAGGACAAGUUUGUCAUAUUCAACGGCUGGGUUGAUCCGAAUUGGACCGAUCCCCGCGCCGUACGUGCCGGCAUAGACAGCGAUGAGAAGGGAUUGCGAGCAGUUGUAUUUGGAAAUAACCUGAUCGAUAUUGAGCAAAAGUCAACACCGCAGUUGCUGGUAGAUGAGGUUUUCCAUCCUUUCUACGUCUUUCAAAUCGCUAGCCUGAUUUUGUGGUCUCUUGACGAAUACUAUUACUACGCCGUGGCUAUCUUCCUAAUGUCGUUUGGAAGUAUCGCCACCACCCUCAUUGAAACCAAAGCGACGAUGAAACGACUCCGCGAGAUUUCUCGCUUCGAGUGCGAUGUGCGUGUCCUUCGAAAUGGAUUUUGGCGAUUUGUAUCGUCGAGCGAGCUCGUACCUGGCGACGUUUACGAGGUCAGCGACCCAAAUCUCACUCAAUUCCCAAGUGACGGCUUGCUUUUGAGCGGCGACUGCAUCGUUAAUGAGAGCAUGUUGACAGGUGAAUCGGUCCCUGUGUCGAAAACACCAGCCACCGAUGAGACGAUGCAUAGCCUCGAUUUGGCUGCACCGACCGUGUCGCCAGAGAUUGGCAAACACUUUCUCUUCUGUGGUACCAAGAUCAUUCGUGCUCGGCGGCCGCAGGAAGAGCGCGAUGGAGACGCUGUCGCCCUCGCACUCGUGGUUAGAACGGGAUUCAGCACCACGAAGGGAUCCCUUGUACGGUCCAUGCUCUUCCCCAAACCAUCCGGCUUCAAAUUCUACAGAGACUCUUUCCGGUACAUCAGUGUCAUGGCUAUCGUAGCCAUGCUUGGUUUCAUCGCCUCUCUCUUCAAUUUCCUGCGGCUGCACCUUGCCUGGCACCUCAUCAUCGUCCGUGCUCUCGAUCUUAUCACUAUCGUGGUGCCGCCAGCGCUGCCCGCGACACUCACCAUUGGGACCAACUUCGCACUUAGUCGACUGAAGAAGAAACAAAUCUUUUGCAUCAGUCCACAGCGGGUCAACGUAGGCGGUAAGAUUGACAUCAUGUGCUUUGACAAGACCGGCACCCUGACAGAGGACGGAUUGGACAUACUCGGUGUUCGGGUUGCAUCACCGGUGACAGGCAGGUUUACGGAUGUGCUUACCGAUCCAUCAUCAUUCGUACAGGCGCAGGCCGGCGGUUCAGCCCGGAUGUCAAAAUUGAGGGCAGCCCUGUACACCAUGGCAACUUGCCACUCGUUGAGGUCUGUGGACGACGAGCUGAUGGGCGAUCCACUUGACCUUAAAAUGUUUGAGUUUACAAGAUGGUCUUUCGAAGAAGGCAAACAGAGUCCCAACGAGGCAGACGACCAAGAUCAGGGCAGCCUUUCGCCGUCAGUUGCCCGUCCUCCAGCUGAGCAGGAUGCUCUGUUGCGAGGUACCACUCAACAAGGAGACCAAUCAGUAGGCUGCGGACCCCUUACGAUCAAGGCUAGACUAACCCACUUGGCCAGCAAUUGCUUGAAUUGGGAGUACUGA